UAGAUGACUAAAACAACCUACCAAAAAGUUGCUUUACAUAGCACGUUUCUUGCUCUCUAAUAACAGAGUAUUUAGGGGCCUCCGUUCCUAUCUAUUGCCUUUUCUCUUGAGAUCUCUCCGUCUUUCAGGUUUCUAACUUUUUAAUUCCAUGGCUUCUCCCCUUCCCUUUUCUCUAUUAAUCUCUACCUUUCUCCCUAACUUCCCAUAGCUUUAUCACCCUUUUCUCUGUCAUUUAGCUGUUCACUUUCCAUUGAAUUCUUUCAGGCCUUUUGUUUUCUACAAGGUUCCUUGAACCUAGAGAAUUAGUCUUGUUUGGUCAGUUCCCAUUUGAUACAAGAGGUUAUAUACGAGGGUAGGGGUUGAAUUCUUGGAGUUUAUUAGCUUCUUAAUCAGAUAAAGAAAAAAAUAGUUUUUGAAACAAAGGUCUUCCAGUAGAAAACAAGACGAGGGUUUUAGUGUUUCAAGAUAUGGAAAACAUUUCUGGACUUGGCAAGGAAGAUGAUGAUAAGAUGGAUUUGCCUCCUGGAUUCCGGUUCCAUCCGACUGACGAAGAGCUUAUUUCUCACUACUUAUACAAGAAGGUUCUUGACAUCAACUUCUCUGCUAGAGCAAUCGGAGAUGUGGACUUGAACAAGUCUGAACCCUGGGAACUGCCAUGGAAGGCGAAGAUGGGAGAGAAAGAGUGGUACUUUUUCUGUGUUAGGGACAGAAAGUACCCAACAGGUCUCAGAACAAAUAGGGCAACUGAAGCUGGUUACUGGAAAGCCACGGGGAAAGAUAAGGAGAUCUACAGAGGAAAAUCCCUGGUUGGAAUGAAAAAGACCCUUGUUUUCUACAAGGGCAGAGCCCCUAAAGGAGAGAAAACCAACUGGGUCAUGCAUGAAUACAGAUUAGAGGGUAAAUUCUCUGCCCACAAUCUCCCCAAAACUGCCAAGAAUGAAUGGGUGAUUUGCAGGGUGUUUCAAAAGAGCUCGGCUGGAAAGAAGACCUAUAUUUCAGGUCUAGUGAGACUAGGUUCUUUUGGUAAUGAAUUUAGCCCUUAUGGUCUGCCACCAUUGACGGAUUCUUCACCCUCCAAUGGCAAGAUUAAGCCGGUGGCCGAGUCGGCCUACGUGCCCUGCUUCUCCAAUCUCAGUGAUGAUCAAAGAAACCAACAAGACACAACUGAUAGCUUCAACAAUCAUCUUUUUGCAGUUUCUUCGAACCCUUCAGAGGUUUUUCCUCGAAUCCCACUUCUGAAUUCAUUCUACUCUCCCCAGGCUGUCGCAGCAUCAGGAAAUUUGCAAUAUCCAGGUUCUGUUUCAAUUCAAGACCGCUCAGUUUUAAAAGCCUUGAUUGAGAACCAAGGCUCAAACAUGAAGCAGCAAAGUUCCAAGCUUGAAAGGGACAUGGCCAGUGUCUCACAAGAUAGCGCUGCAGAUAUGAACAAUGAAAUCUCUUCUGUCAUAUCAAAUCUUGAAGCGGGAAAAAGGUCAUUUGAUGAACAAGAGGCACCACCUUGUACAUUAGUCCAAUCAAUGGACCUUGAUUGUUUCUGGAACUAUUGAAAAACAGUACUAGAAGGUGAACCUCAAGUUGAAGAAGAUCAAGAAAAAGAAGAGCAUCAGUUACUGUUAUUACUUAUUUUGAAAUUAAAAUGUGGGUUUGUGCAUAGAUUUCUUGAAUCAAAUUGAUAAAUUGAAAGACAGUGAACAAUGUUGUAUGUAUUGUAAGAAAUUAUCUUAUGAAUUAUCUCCUCCUCCUCCUCGUCGUUGUCUA